GUCCGACGCCGUUUGUGUUGAAUAGCAACCCGCCUUGCUCAACUGCUCUCUUUUAAGUGAGCUAGCCGUCCUGCUAACCGCGGGGAGAUUCCACUCUCCCGGAAUCAUUUCGGGAAAAUAUUUCCACUUCGUCGCGCUAAAUAACGCGCUGCACCUGGUGCAGAUACUGUCACGUAAGUGAAGUGUUUCUGACAGGAAGCGGGUUUAACGCCGAAGACAUUGUCAGGCUCAGCGCUUCCGUCUACAUCUUCACGACACUCGCUUCCAAUUAAGUUUGAUGUUUUUCCAUGAGCACUGUGCGGAGAGGACUUUGAUUUGCUUGUACCUUCUGUCCUAGCAAAUCAAUGGAGAAGCUUCAGGACCUCAGCCAGCCCGAGUUGCAGGAUUUGCUGGAUAACUCGGAGCGAGUGGAGUCUAUGGCACUGGAGUCUGAUGAGAUUCAGAAUAUUCAGUUGGAGAGGGAAAUGGCUCUGGCUGCCAACCGCAGUCUGGCCGAGCAAAACCUAGACAUGAAGCCCCGACUGGAAACAGAGAGGGCACGACUGGUGGGAAAAUAUGCUGAACUAGAGGAAGUGAGGGAGAAAUACAAACAACACUGUGCCAUGAGAGACAGCAUCAUGGGGCAGGUGUCUCCGGAGGGGCUGUUGUCUCGACUGCAGAUAGAGGGCGCCAGCACAGAGGCAGAAUCAGAGGUUUUAGCAGACGAGUUUCUCGAAGGUUCAAUAUCGCUGGACUCCUUCCUUGAACGCUUCCUUUCCCUCCGCUCUCUCGCUCACAUGAGACGAGUGCGCAUCGAAAAGCUGCAAGAAAUUCUCAGCCAAAAAAGCAAAGGGGUGGGAGACGCCGCAGUGACAUCGCAAACCGGUGCCAAUCAGGAUGCUGGAUCAUCAUCGCAGUGGCAACAACCUCAGCCUCAACAGCAGCAGAGCUCCAAAAUCAAUGCAUCCACCACUUCUGCUCUGCCCUACACCCCCUACCCCGUUGCCCCCCCCUCCGCCUCCACAGCGGGCAGCACUAACCCUAGCACAGCGUUUCAGCCCUACCCCAGCCAGGGUGCCCCCUUCCCUCCGUCGACAGGCUACACAGCUCCAAGGCCUGCGUUCGGUCCUCCCAAUUGCCCGUACCCCAUCCAACCACUAUUUCCUCCCCCACCGUUUGGGCAGUUUGGGUCUACGCCCGCGCAGUACCCCAGUCCAUACCCGUAUGGAGGGUACAGCUACCCCACAGGCCCCCACGGCCCAUCAACCCAAUCACCCACAGCUAGACCUCUUUAUAGGCCCGGUUUUGGGGUACCACAACCGUACUCCUGAGCCACUCUGUGUGUGCGUCUGUCUUUCUCUUUUUCUCAUGAUCCUCCCUCUCGUCUCUCUCCCACCUUUCUCCACCUGCUCUGCCUUUUCCUUACCCUCAGAUUUGUGGUUUGCGCACCCAUGUCACAUCCUGUUCCUGUCUGAGGCUUAUUAAGACACUUGAGAUCGAGCGUGUGCUUGUUUCCCCCCAUCAAACUUCAGUCAGAGACUCGAUACGGGCCGCCCAGUUUCAACGGCUCAGCUCCUCUCCAUUUUAAAGCAUGUUAUCAGUUUGCGAAAUCUCUGAUUUAUUAUUAUAUUCAAUGACGAAAUGCUUUUUUUUUGAUGACAUUGUUCUACAGCUCAGCCUUAUUUGGCUGUUUUUUUUUUCCCAAUCAUUCUGUCGAAAUUCUACUGAGACCAAUAUGCCACACUACAUGGAAGCAUCACAUUAGCGUUAGGCUAAUCUCUUGUCUGUAUCAACACUCGUUGACGAUGUCAAACCAGAAAGCACAGCACCAUUUUCCACUCCAUCACGGAUGAAAACUCCUACAAAAAAAAAAAAAAAAAAGCAGAGCAUAUUCUUUACCAUGAAUAAAUUUAGACAACUUCCACGUGUGCAGAUUUGGGUGCGGUGCGUCCUGUUAUGAAUGCUUAGUGUACCAAUGCGAUCACUCAAAAAUUUCUCGAUACACUUUUUGCUCCCUCUUUUUUUUUUUUUUUUUUUUUUUUUGUCUUUCACACCCUUUCACUCCAUUUAUUUAAUACACCGCUUGACAAUGAUUGGAAGGCAUAGACUAUUACUGCAAUUCUCUAGUGAGGACGGUGUAUUUAACUAAGGGAAAUCGAGAUAUUAAAGGGAAACCGGAGAAUAAGGGAUAUUAUUAUAGACAUAUCUAUCUGCUAUAGCACAGGUUUUGGUGGGGCAGUUGAGGCAUAACAUAGCACAGAGCAUAUGCAAAGAAAAUAGGCGCUACAUAACAUGCUUAGUUUAGUAAAUAUAGCGUUCUUUUGUGGUAAAACUAUGCAGACGAAUGCAUAUUUUACGCCGAACUUAGACACACCGAGACGUUGGAUGGCCUUUUACGCCCAGUUUGUUUCAGAGGCACGUUGCCCUCAGAAUGAUUACGUGGGUGGGAUCGGAUCCAUUCACCCAACAGAAUGCUUUACGUUUGAUUUGAAUCCACCUUCAGAUAUUGCCACAUGAAUGCUCUCACUAGCCCACAGCUGUAGGCCUAUCCAUCCAAACGGCCUGUGCGUGUCAUUAUGUGGCGUUAUGCAGAUCUGUAAAAGCCCCACCUAUUUGAGGUCUCCUCGUCGGACAACCGGAGGACCGCGUGAAUCACACUAGCGCUCCACACUAGCGCUCCACACUAACCGCCCCCCGAACUCUUUGGCAACAGGAGCUGGGAGCGGGGCCUUCGAACCGUCAGCUUUAGGCGUGUGGGGUCUCUCUUUAUUUUUGUACUUUUAAGCAAUUCAAAACCAGAGGCGCCCUCAAUCAAGCCUCGGGUGGCUUUAUCUAAUUCAUGAACUCAGUAAUUAAGACUCAGGUUUGUAGCAAAACCCCCACGUUUAGGUUCCCUCCCCAGCACCUGGAGCGAGGGAGAGGGGUGACACGACACGAGAAUGAGAGGAAAACAAAAUGGGGUGAAAAUUUUAUUAGCACAUUGAUUUGCAGCAUUAGAGGAAAGGAAAUUCUAUUGCAUUGGUUGUGAUGACUGUAGCCUGUUAAAAGUGUAAUUUUAUUUUUAUUGUCCUUUUUUUCGGGUGUGAAUAUUAAACACUGAAGUUGA